AUGGAGAUUGAUAAAAUCUUUCAGGUACAUACGCUAAAAAUAUCUGAUUAUAAACAGGAUGAUAAUGAGAAACCACGUAAAGAUGGACGUGUAACUAAAUGGUUUAACAUAAGAAUUGAAUGUGAUGAAGUCGCUUUUAAAAUUAUCUCUGAGGAGGAAAAAACUGACGUACAAAAUCAAGUUACAAUUCUUAAAGAACUUCAUGAUUGGAAUAACAUCAUAAAAUUUUAUGGAAUAACUUCUGAUGGAAAUAAACGAUAUUUGGUGACUGAAUGGGCCGAACACGGUAAUUUACGUGAAUAUUAUACAAACAAUAAAGAUCAAUUCGAUCUUAGAUUGAAAUUAUGUAUGUCUUUUGAUAUUGCUCGCGGAUUAAAUUUUUUAAGAGCCGUUGAGAUUGUUCACCGUGAUAUAAGGGCUGAGAAUAUAUUAAUUACAUUCAAUGGGACAGCAAAACUUGCAAAUUUUAAAUUAAGUCGUUACUUAACUGCAGCUACAUUAAAUCAAAAGCAAAAUUUAGAACGAGUUCGUUAUUGUGCACCUGAAUUGUUAGAUAGAGCUCCAAAUUUCAAAUAUGAUCAAAAAUGUGAGGUUUAUAGUUUUGGAAUCUUACUUUGGGAAAUUGCUGAAGAAAGAGUUCCAUAUCAAGAUAGUAAUGAUAUUGUGGAUAUAACUAAUAAGGUACGUAAUAAAAUGUAUAGAGAACCAUUUUCUGAAAAUAGUCAAAUGCCAGAGAAAUUCAAACAAUUAGAAAUUGAAGGUAUGUAA